AUGAUAAAAAGCUCGCGAGCGAGUCCGUGGGAGGCUGCCGAAGGAGCGAGUGCUGUCUCGAAGCAAGUGAACAAAACAACAAACCAAUCGAUGAAACUCAGUGAAAACAGUGAUUUAGUGUAGUGCUUAGGACCCCAAAGUAACUUCUUUUUAAGUGAGUGCAGUUACCCCUUUGGAUCACAACAAAAGAUCUAGACGCAGCUGCCACCGAAAAAGAACGCUACUAAUCUUAUCGCGGAUUAUGGAGGGAAUCCGAUAACAGCAGUCUUUAGUUAUUAGUUGAUUAUCCCGUGUCAGUCAUGGCCUCUGAAAGACAAAAGGUGAACAUAGUGAGCUUCCUGGUGGCCGCGGGGAUCCUCUGCGUCGCCGUGGAGCUCUCCUCGGGGAGCUUCGCCACGAGGAUAAACAAAAUCAGCGAGAACCUGGACAGGGCCCUGUCGGAGGUGAUGGACGACAAGCGGCCGGAGUUCACUAAUUUGACAGAUAAUGCGACGUAUGUCAGUGAUACGUACUUCAACCCGAAGGGGAUGGCGGGGUUGUACAACUUCACCAACGCCUUCAUCGAUGUCGUCUUCUCCAAGAAUCUUUAUCCGGAAGGUUUCGUGACCGUGGACUCGAACAACAAUCUCCACCUGGGAAACUACCAGCAGGAAUGGAAGAGUUUGCUCGUCAAGUAUGGCGGCCUGUUGGCAAUGAUCAUCAUUCUGGGACUCAUCGUCGUGCUCAUGCCCCUGUGCGGCCUGUGUUUUUGCUGCUGUCGGUGCUGCGGCAAAUGCGGGGCCAGGUCGCAGCCGUUCGACAAAAAACAUGACCUGUGUAAGAAGAUCGUACUCGCGACGAUACUGAUCGCGUUGGGGACGUUGCUGCUGUUUGGCGUCGUUUGCGCUUUCGUCAGUAAUCAACAGAUGGAAGAGGGCGUCGGGGAUUUGACGGACAAUUUGAGGAAGGGGGUGAAAGAUGUCAAUACGUAUCUGGACACCACCAAGGGACAGAUUGAUACACUACUUAAUGUGAAUUACGGGGAAUUCGAGAAAGUUCUACUGGAGACGAUAAACGACAGCAGUAAUAUAGUUUACGGAGAGCUCGCCGACUACGCCAACGCUAUCUCAAUGACAGAAGUUGCCAAUAUCGUGGAGGCUCUCCCCGAUAUCAGCAUAGGGUUCGUUACUUUGAAAUAUUCAACGAACUCGUUACGGGUUUACGCCUCCCAGCUGAACGACGCCGUCAGGAAAGUGAAGAAGGACAUGCUGGAGUUGCUGAAAGGACGCGCCUGCGAGAAUGUUCCCAAGUGUCAGGAAAUCAGCGGGAAUGUCAGUUUGCUGCAGACCAACAUCCAUUUUAAUAAUCUGCCAGACAUCACAGACAAAAUCGCCAAAGUCGAGGACUUCGUCAGCGACAACCGCCUCUCCGACGCCGUAAACAAAGGCAAGGAAAAACUAGAAAGCAUCAGACUGGAAAUCGGCGAAGCCGUCAACGACACCCUCGCAACGGCGAGGACCAAAAUCAACGAGGCGGGCGCCGAGAUCCAGAAGCGAGCGAGCAACAUCACGAACGUCGUCGUCGAUCUGAAAAACCAAAUCGACGUCAACACCAGACCCAACCUGAACACAGCCGAGAAGUACAUAGUCCAGUACAGCCCCUACAGAUACUACGUAGCGCUGGCCAUAAGCUGCCUCCUGCUGCUGAUCACCGUGUGCAUAGCCCUAGGUCUGAUAUGCGGCAUCUGUGGGAAGCGUCCAGAGGGCUACGGCGACGACUGCUGCAACAAGGGCGCCGGUAGCUCGUUUUUGAUUUGCGGGGUGUAUUUUAUGUUCUUGACCGGGUUCAUCGUGGCCGUUGUGGUGGCGGUUUGCUUCUUGCUGGGGGUGGUGGCGCAGAGGGGGGUGUGCGACCCGCUCCGCGACCCCACCAAUUCGCAGUUGUUCAAGCUGAUCGAUCAGGUCGAUUUGUCGCAGUUUCACAUCGAUUUUCCGAUAAGUAAAGCGCUGGAGAACUGCUAUCAGAACAAGAGUAUUUACGUUGUUUUUAACCUAAAGAGCAAGUUUGAUCUCGACGAAAUCAAAAAUUACUUGAACAAGUUUAAUAUUAAUCAGACUUUGGUGAACUUGAAUUUAACGUCGCUUGAAAGUUUGGGGAAUUUCACGAUCCUGGGGGAGAAUGAUAUGCAGCUGCUUGAGAGUUUCGCCAAUUCUGGGUUGGGAGACAUUAAUUUCGAUGAGUUUAAGGAUCUGUUGAGUACAAAUUUCACAACAGUCAACUUAACCGAUCUAUCAAACGAAUUGGGAACGCUAAUAAACGAAAUCGAAAAAGUCAAUAAUCCCGAUAGCCAGGAACUAAUAGAUGGUCUUCAAGUGAACAAAUUGAACAUCGACAUGUACCAGGAAAAGAUCGUAGAGCCCAUGAUAUUAAACGCCACUAAAGUCAUACAUCUCGCCGAAAAACUGGACGAUCAACUCAAGUUUGGCCACAGCUCUUUCGAAGUUGCCAUGGACUCCCUAGUGAAAGAGUUAAAACAAGCUGAGGAAAAAAUCCAAAACGACGGCUACAAAUUCCUCAACGCCACCAUCAUUCGCUUCACUCAAGGCAUCGUCAAUCAAGUCCAGACUUACAUCGACCGCGUGGUGGACACAACGGAGUACGAAGUGGGUCAGUGCGGACCUCUGAGUCUGGUCAUAAACGCCACCCUGACUUCCACUUGCGACAAAAUCCUGCUACCUUGGAACGGCUACUGGUUCGGUCUUUUCUGGUCCGUCCUGCUCUUCAUCCCCACCAUUAUUAUUUCCGUCAAGUUGGCCACUCUGUAUCAGAAGCACAGCGCCUACGCGAGAGACUUAGUGGAAACCGAGUAUUUGUAUGAUGCGUAUGUCGAUCGGGAUAACAUACCGUUGAAUAGCAGAGGCGGCAAGUCCAAGAAAAAGAACAAAAAACACAAACGCUACGAAGACAGACCCGUGGUGUCAGCAGGCGGCGACAUGGUGGCUAGAGAAUACGCAGCAGGAUCAAACCAUCAAGACGCAAGAUACGCCGACAUGGCCCCAAAGCAGUGGGAGGACUUCCCGGCUGGGGGGCCGCCGCAGUACCAGAGGGCGCCUACAGAGUACGAGAGACCGCCGCCUUACUACUACCCUGGAGCUGGAGAAAAUACUCAGUAGACAGACUGACAAGAGAUUGGAGAAACCGCACAGACUGAUUUAGCAUUUUAUCCCAUCUUCAUUGAUUUCUCAUUCCUCUGAAGAAACGUGACGAUCAAAUCGACUUUGUGAUUGUAAAUGCAGGGAGCAACGAGCGUCAUCAUUUUAUUUUAAAUUAAUUACUGAUUAUUGUGAUAUUUGUGACUGCCAGAGUACGAAACCUAGAGUUGCGGUUUGUGGGUACAAUCAUAAAGGUAAAAUUUUCUUGUUGUUGCAUUAUUCUUCGAAUUUCCGCAGGUUGUAUUCAAUUUUUUCGUUCAAAUCUGAUUCGAAGGACGAUGCGAUCGAAGUUGUGUUUUAUUGUUAGCACAAUUGUUUGCUCAAGUUUUGUUUGAGUCCCUGUUUUCAUGUGUGUGAAGCUCAACACGUGUGAGUGGUGCGAUGUAUGUGAUAGUAAUCAAAUUAGCGAAUGGAGUAGCCAAAUGUAAUGUGUGGAUGAUUAAGGGAAUUCAUAAACGAAGCAAAUAUUGAAGUGUACAUAGAAAUAUUUUCAUAAUCGAUGUGUUGAUAUUGUUAUCUCAAUUUUUCGAUAGAUCUAAUUGUAAUUAUUCUUUUUUUUUUAAUCGCUUCGUCAUAUGGGAGCACAGAACAUUUUUUUCUAAUUGAUUCCAAAGUAUUCAACAUUAUGUGUAUGAGUGUGGUACCAUACAAUGUUGUGCUCAUUGUUUCUAUGAUAAUAUACAAAUUGUAGCCAAUUUUUGCCAUAUUCUUACUUGUACAUGUAUUUAUAUAUUAGCAUGUUAAUAAUAAUUCCAAUGUUUAUAAAAUACAA